AUGAAAAGCAAGGAGGAAAAGCCGAAGGAAUACGGGGUGCUUUGCAUUCAGGAAUACAGAAAAAAUAGCAAAGUGGAGUCAAGUACACAUAACAGCUUCAUGGGCUUGAAGGAUCAUCUGGGGCAUGACCUAGGCCACCUUUAUGUGGAGAGCACUGACCCACAUUUAAGUACAUCUGUACCUUGGUCAAUGGUGGAAAAGCCAACAAUGGAUAAAGUUAAUUCCGGGAAGGAAGAGAAAGAGGUGUCUGAAGAGAAUGUGAGCUCUGGUGACUCUGAAGAAAGCACAAAUUCCGAUAACGAGUCAGACCAGUCGAGAAGCAUUUCAGCAGAGCCAUGCUUAUUAACCAAGACUCACAGACAACUGUGUAGGUCUCCCUGCUUAGAGCCUCACAUACUCAAACGCAGUGACAUUUUGCAAGACUUUAAACCUGAGGAGUCCCAGACUACCUCCAAGGAAGUGAAGAAACCCCCCGAUGUGGUGCGAGAAUACCAAACAAAACUAGAGUUUGCACUGAAGUUAGGCUAUUCUGAAGAACAGGUUCAGCUUGUGCUCAAUAAACUCGGUACCGAUGCUUUAAUCAAUGACAUCUUGGGAGAGCUCGUCAAGCUUGGAAACAAAAGUGAGGCCGAACAGACGGUUAGUACGGUCAACAGUCUAACGCGGGAAGCGCCUUCCCUGGAGUCUCAGCGGUCGGACUCUCCGAUGCAAGAGCUCGUGGCGGAUGACGGGGAGAACCUGAGACCCGUAGUCAUCGAUGGCAGCAAUGUGGCCAUGAGCCAUGGAAACAAAGAAGUCUUUUCCUGCCGGGGAAUAAAAUUGGCAGUGGAUUGGUUUUUGGAAAGAGGCCACAAAGAUAUUACAGUUUUUGUUCCCGCUUGGAGGAAAGAGCAAUCCCGACCUGAUGCUCUUAUCACAGGUAAGCCCCGUCAGCUGUUGGAAGCUUGUAGCUUCCAUACACACCUGUGCAGGUAUCUUUUCUAUUCUGUCCUUGACAGGUUCAUGCCUCCAGAUGACCCCCUUGGCAGACACGGCCCAAGCCUCGAUAAUUUUCUGAGGAAGAAACCUAUUGUUCCUGAACACAAAAAGCAGCCUUGUCCAUAUGGGAAGAAGUGCACCUAUGGCCACAAGUGCAAAUACUACCAUCCCGAGAGGGGCAGCCAGCCGCAGCGGUCGGUGGCUGACGAACUCCGGGCCAUGUCCAGAAACACGGCGGCCAAAACGGCGAACGAAGGCGGGCUGGUGAAAAGCAACAGCGUCCCCUGCAGCACUAAAGCGGACAGCGCCUCGGAUGUCAAACGAGGCGCUCCCAAGAGGCAGUCGGACCCCAGCAUCAGGACUCAAGUCUACCAGGACCUCGAGGAAAAGCUGCCCACCAAAAACAAAUUGGAAACCAGGUCCGUCCCCUCUUUAGUUAGUAUCCCGGCGACUGCCACUGCAAAACCCCAAAGCGCUACGUCUUUAAGCAACGGCCUUCCAUCCGGAGUUCACUUCCCACCUCAGGAUCAAAGACCCCAGGGGCAGUAUCCUCCGAUGUUGAUGGCAACCAAAAAUCACGGCACGCCAAUGCCUUACGAACAGUACCCCAAAUGCGACUCGCCUGUGGACAUCGGGUAUUACUCCAUGCUGAACGCCUACUCGAACCUGAGCGUGUCCGGCCCGCGCAGCCCCGAGCGCCGUUUCUCCUUGGACACGGACUACAGGGUGAGCUCCGUGGCUUCCGACUGCAGCAGCGAAGGGAGCGUGAGCUGCGGGAGCGGCGACUCGUACGCGGGCUACGGCGACCGCCCGUACGUCAGCUCUCCCGACCCCCAGCUGGAAGAGAGCCUCAAGUGUCAGCACGUGCACCCGCACAGCCGCCUUAAUUCCCAGCCCUUCCUGCAGAACUUCCACGACCCCGUGACCCGAGUGCAGAGUUACAGUCACGAAGAACCAAAGUACCACCCCAAGGCGCCUCUCCCGCACCUGGCCGUGCACCUGCAGCACCCCGCCGUGGGGGCCCGGGCCAGCUGUCCCGGCGACUACCCCUCGCCGCCCGGCUCCGCCCACUCCAAGGCGCCGCACCUGGGGCGCGCCCUGGUGGCCACCCGGAUCGACAGCAUCUCCGACUCCCGGCUCUACGACGGCUCUCCCUCCCGCCAGCGGAAGCCUUACUCGCACCAGGAGGGGCCGGGGGGCUGGGAGCGGCCCGGCUACGGGGUGGACGCGUACGGCUACCGGCAGACUUACUCCUUGCCGGACAGCUCCACGCAGCCCUGCUACGAGCAGUUCACCUUCCAGAGCCUCCCCGAGCAGCAGGAGCCCGCCUGGCGCGUCCCCUACUGCGGGCCGCCCGCGGAGCCCCCGAGGUACCAGGACAGCCGGGAGAAGGUCUACGUCAACCUGUGCAACAUCUUCCCGCCCGACCUCGUGAGGACGGUCAUGAAACGGAACCCUCACAUGACAGACGCCCAGCAGCUCGCCGCAGCCAUUUUGGUGGAGAAGUCCCAGCUGGGUUAUUGA